AUGACUGCCAUUGCAACAUCGCCUUCGCAGCUCCCGGUUAUAGACGACGCUCCCAAAAAGCCUCUUUAUCAUGGCAGCACUCAGUACAGAAACUGGCGGUUCUCUCCACAGCAGCUUGCCGAGACUCGACGUUCCAUGAGCGAGGCUGCUGUAGCAGCAAUCAAAAACACCUUCGAGGCAGAUGAGCCAGGUUCUUCGUCAGAUAUACAGUUCGUCAGCGCAGAAGAAGAGCAUCUGUUAGUGAAACUAUACAUCGCCAAGAUUGCUCACUUCUGUGGGCACUUUCGAUUCAAUGAAGAGGUGGAGGCAACGGCCGUCAGCUACUUGAAACGGUUCUAUCUGAAAAACACUGUCAUGGAUUGGCAUCCCAAAAACGUCAUGUUGACCGCACUCUUCCUUGCCACGAAAACGACCAAUAACCCUAUAUCUCUCGAACACUACACCGGAAAUAUACCCCGCACAGCACCCUCUGAUGUCUUGGAUCUAGAGUUCCUCGUCGCACAGAGCCUUGGGUUCGAGUUCGCAAUAUGGCACACACAUCGAGCGCUUUGGGGAAUAUGGCUUGACAUUCAAACUCUCCCUGAACCUCCCUCGAAAGAGGUACUCCAAGAAGCUUACGACAUAGCUACUCGUCACGUCAAAACGUCUCGCCUAACGGACGCGGAGCUCAUAUACACGCCCUCACAGAUCGCUCUAGCCUGCAUGUCUCUUGCUCAGCCCGACCUCGCCACGUCUUGGGCUCGAGCAAAAGACGCUCUUCUCUCCCUCGAUGUCGUAGAGUCUAUCAAGAAUAUGAUCCUGAGAGACGGUGACGUUCCGUCCGUUGAGGUUGUCCGCGAGAUUGACAGACGGCUUCGGUUAUGCAAAAACCCAGAGAAAAUCGUCGGGAGCAAGGCAUAUCUAAAGAAGCAGGCAAAGGAGGAGCAAGCGGCGUCUGAGAAGCGAGAGAAGAAAGCGGAGGUGGUCAGGAAAGCGGCAGAAGCAGAUCCUUUUGGAGACGCGUUGGCUGAAGACGUAGAGAGGGUCGCAGAGCUGGACGAUGACGAUUGA